UGCUUCUGAUCCCCUGGCACGAGCCACGGAGCCGCAGAGCCGGGCUUUGGUAACAGGAGCCGCGCCGUGGAAAGCUGCGCUCCGCCCGCCGCUGGUGCUGAUGCUGUGAUGAGCGGGUGAGGUGGCGGUCGGAGAAAGAGCAAAGCGCCUCCAUGCACAAGGAUGCGGGGGGGAAAUGCCCGGCGACAGGGAGCACGACGUGUGUCGGAAGGCGCUGGAGCUCCUGUCGGAUCUCUGCUCUAAGGGCGAAGUGCAAAGCGACAGCUGCCUGGAUUUCAGUUACUAUCUUCGCGAUCUCGGCCGGCCGCGGUACCCCGACGCAGACGUGUCCGUGAGCCUGCUGUCCCUGGUGGUGACGGCGUGCGGCCUGGCCCUUUUCGGGGUCUCCCUCUUCGUGUCGUGGAAGCUCUGCUGGAUCCCGUGGCGUGAGCGAGGCCUGUUGCCAGGCGCCAAGGACGGCCAGCCAGAGCAGCUGGCCUACGGCGACGCGGACGCUGUCGACAGCGAGUGCUGCAAGGAGGCGACGCCGGUGCCCGAGGCGGCCAUGAAGAUCAGUCACACCUCCCCAGACAUCCCGCUGGAAGCCGAAUCCAAGGGCAAGGAGAACUGCAUCCACAAUGCACGCAUGCAGCGGCAGAUCACAGAGCCCACCUCCUCUGUGCGGCACGACUCCAUCCGGAGGCAGAUGAACCUGUCAAACCCGGACUUCAACCUGGCACAGUUCCAGCGGCAGGAGUCACUGAGCGGUCUGGGUCGACUGAAACCCGAACUCUACAAGCAGCGCUCGGUGGACAGCGAGGAUGGCCGGCGGGGGGCGGGCUGCGGGCGCCUCCACUUCAUUCUCAAGUACGACUGCGACCUGGAGCAGCUCAUCGUCAAGAUCCACAAGGCAGAUGACCUCCCCGCCAAGGACUUCUCAGGCACGUCUGACCCCUACGUGAAGAUCUACCUACUGCCAGACCGCAAGACGAAGCACCAGACUAAGGUGCACCGUAAGACUCUGAACCCAGUGUUCGAUGAGGUCUUCCUGUUCCCCGUGGCCUACACCGAGCUACCCACACGCAAGCUGCACUUCAGCGUCUACGACUUCGAUAGGUUUUCUCGCCAUGACAUCAUCGGCCAGGUGGUGGUGGACAACUUCUUGGACCUGGCUGACUUCCCCAGGGAAACAAAGCUCAGCAUGGACAUCCAAUACGUCAGCUCGGAUAACGUUGACCUGGGGGACCUCAUGUUUUCGCUGUGCUAUCUCCCCACCGCUGGCCGGCUCACCAUCACCAUGAUCAAGGCCAGGAACCUGAAAGCCAUGGAUAUCACAGGGGCAUCAGAUCCAUAUGUAAAGGUCUCUCUAAUGUGUGAUGGCCGCAGACUGAAGAAGAGGAAAACAUCAAUCAAAAGGAACACGCUGAAUCCCAUCUACAACGAAGCCAUAGUGUUCGAUGUCCCUCCGGAAAACAUUGACCAAAUCAGCCUUCUGAUCGCAGUUAUGGACUAUGACCGUGUAGGUCACAACGAGAUCAUCGGUGUGUGCCGGGUGGGUAACGAUGCUGAGAACCUGGGUCGCAACCACUGGAGUGAGAUGCUGACGUACCCCCGCAAGCCCAUCGCACACUGGCACCCCCUGGUGGAGUGGGUAGGGCAGGGCACCUCCGGAGGGGUCCAGGGGGGCUCCUGCCAUUCCCUCAAGCCCCCCCCCUCGCCCUAGCUGAAGUAGGCUGGACGGGAGCUUGGAGAUGGACCACGGCACAGCGAGGAACCCUCCCCACCCCCCCGGCAAGCCGAAGCCACCCGAAACGUUUACAUCUGUGCGAAACAACUUUAAUUGUGUGCCUCGGGGAUGUCCUGGUCCACCCCAGUCCGCCCCGGUCCACCCUAGUCCGCCCUGGUCUGCCCCCGUCCGCCCUGGUUCGUCCUGGUCCACCCCAGUCCACCCUGGUCCGCCCUGGUCUCCCUCGGUCCACCCUGGUCCGUCCUGGUCCACCCCAGUCCGCCCCGGUCCGCCCUGGUUCGCCCCGGUCUGCCCCGGUCCGCCCCGGUCUGCCCCGGUCCGCCCUGGUUCGUCCUGUUCCACCCCAGUUCGUCCCGGUCCGCCCUGGUUCGCCCUGGUCCGCCCUGGUUCGUCCUGUUCCACCCCAGUUCGUCCCGGUCCGCCCUGGUUCGCCCUGGUCCGCCCUGGUCCACCCCAGUCCGACUCGGUCCGCCCUGGUCUGCCCUGGUCCGUCCUGGUCCACCCCGGUCCGCCCCAGUCCGCCCUGGUUCGCCCUGGUCUGCCCCGGUCCGCCCUGGGCCGCCCUGGUCCGCCCUGGUUUGCCCCAAUCCGCCCUGCUCCGCCCCGGUCUGCCCUGGUCUGCCCCGGUCCGCCCUGGUUCGCCCUGGUCCGCCCUGGUCUGCCCUGGUUCGCCCUGGUCCGCCCUGGUCCGCCCUGGUCUGCCCCGGUCCACCCUGGUCCGCCCUGGUCCGCCAUGGUCUGCCCCGGUCCGCUCCGGUUGCAUGUUUGGAACAAUUGUUUUUCUAUUUAGUAACAAGCAACGACUUAGGUCUGAAAGUAACUGUUUUCUACUCGGCCUUUCAGCCUGUCUCGUUUCUCACGUAAGUGUUUUGCGCCGUAGUUGUUAUCAGUGACUCCCCGAUCGAUCGACGUGCAUGGGUCUUCUUUCUGUUGGAUAUUUCUUCAGCUGAUUCUUUAUGUUCGUCUUUUGGAAUAACAUGUGAGAUUCUGUUACUUGAGCUCUGAUGUGUGAGGCGUGCUGUGCAAAUGUAUUUAUAGACCUAGUAUGUAAAAUGUCUUUUCAAAUGUCACUAAUAAAUAUUUAUAUAUAAAGCCUUUCACUUCAAAUUUACACUGGUUUAUUAUGAGAUGUACUGUGGACUGUAAUGCAGUGAUGUUUUCCAUCUGAUAUGGAGGAAUUGCCCAUACAGUAUUAGUUUGCACACAACUCUUGUGUAUCAAACAAACACAGAGUUAGUAUUGUACUUUCUUUAGGUCCAUAAUAAUUAAGCCAUCUCCCGGUAUUUAUGAAUCCCCAAUGCAGUAUUACAAGCAGUACAUGAGAGUUACCGUGAAACUCUCUGUAACUGCAAAUGGAUGCUGUGUUCGAGCCACCGGCAUGUACUG